GACUGAUGAGCACAGCUUGCUGGAGUGACGUAACACCGCCCGUGGAGGACGUCACGCGGGCAGGCCGUCUCGCGGAAGUGAGGCGGUGCGUGACGUGUCGCGCGCGGAGGAAGUUUCCCCCGGUGGUGCUGAAAGAAAGUUUCGGCGGAGCCGCGGAGGGGAGCGGCGGAAUGGGAGUGUGACGCGCCGGGAGUGGCGAGCCAGCCGCCCUACCUGUCGCUGCUAACUAGGCUGCUUGCGUCGUCGCUGCUCUGCGCUCUCGCCCCCCUCGUCUGCCCCUCUCUUCGUCCGAGAUGGGGAAGGAGCAGGAGCUCCUAGAGGCGGCCCGCACCGGGAACCGCGCCGCAGUGGAGAAGCUCCUCUCCGCGAAGCGGCAGUCUGCUGGAGUCGGCGGCGGCUCCUCUGGAGUCGGAGGAGCGGGCGGCAGCGGUAUCGGCUCCUCGUCUCACACGCUCUCCAGUCUUCUCAGCAUCUGGAGGGGCCCCAAUGUGAACUGCGUGGACAGCACUGGAUACACCCCCCUCCACCACGCCGCCCUCAACGGCCACAAUGAUAUCGUGGAGCUGCUCCUUCGGAACGAGGCCCUGACCAACAUCGCCGACAACAAGGGCUGCUACCCGCUGCACCUGGCUGCCUGGAAGGGCGACCAGCGCAUCGUGCGGCUGCUCGUGCACCAGGGACCGUCCCACCCCAAGCUCAAUGGGCAGAACCAUGACAAUGAGACACCGCUGCACUGCGCGGCCCAGUACGGCCACACCGAGGUGGUGCGCCUCCUCCUGGAGGAGCUGACGGACCCCACCAUGCGCAACAGCAAGAUGGAGACGCCACUGGACCUGGCAGCCCUAUACGGCCGGCUGGAGGUGGUGAAGCUGCUGCUGACCGCCCACCCCAACCUGCUGAGCUGCUCCACCCGCAGCCAUACGCCGCUGCACCUGGCCGCCCGCAAUGGGCACCGGGCUGUGGUGGAGGUGCUGCUGGCUGCCGGCAUGGACAUCAACUACGAGACGGAGAAAGGCAGCGCCCUGCACGAGGCGGCUCUCUUCGGCAAGACGGACGUGGUUCAGAAGCUGCUCAGCUCAGGGAUCAACGUCAACAUGGUGGACAAGAAGGGCUUGACGGCACUGGACAUUGUCAAGGACAUGCCUUCCCAGAAGAGCCGGGAGAUCGCCGCGCUCAUCCAGGGUCACAUGACAGGAAGUCCACCCGAAAUAGCCCUGCCCCCUCCCCCUUCGUGUCAGGACAAUCUGAGCCCCCGGAAGAAAGGAGACUCCACAGUCGAGCUGAUGCCAGCACCGGGCCCUGAGGAGGAGAGCCCCUAUGAGGCUCUCUUUGAAGCCACUUCCUGCCAUUCCCUGGACAGCCUGGCCAGCGGCAAGUCUUCUGAGAGGGACACGGGCCGGACUGACAGCGAGGGAGGCAGGAAGGAGCAGCCACCCCAAACCGUGCAGCAACCAGCUGGCCGUGAGGAGGGCGUCACUUCGGAGUCCUUGUACGUGAACAGCAGCAUGGAGCAGUGGGUGGAGCGAAUGGGGAGGUCUGAGGAGGAUGAGGACCACACGUACGACCUGCUAGUGACCGCCCAGACCAAAGGCUCGUCGCGGUCAGGCACAGAUGAGGCUCCCCCGCUGUCCUCCAGCAGCCUCCUGCCUCAGCGAAAACCAGCCCCGGCCAGUGAGCCCCGGCCCCCGCCCCCGGGCCAGUCCGCCAAGACACCCCCGGACCUGGCGCCAGUGCCCAGCCAACUGGGACCGCGUCCCGUGGCGGAUUCCAGCGUGCCUGGCCAGGGCAUCGACGUCCCAGAGCAGUUCACCGGGCUUCUGCACGGCUCAUCGCCCGUCUUCGAGUCUCACAAGGUGCCCGGUGUGCCAGCGGCGAGCCAGAACCCGCAGCCGACAGCAGCUGUCGCUCCCGCGCCCGUGCGGUCCACCAUGGCAGCCUCCCCGUCCGACCCCAAGGCCAUCUACGCCACCGUGGUGCACACCAGGCCCGAGGCCAGGGACUCGCCUGCCGCGGCGCCGCCGGCCAGCCGGCCACGCCCCCCAGGGGACCUGAAGUUGGCUCGGAGCCUCUCCAAGUCUGACUCGGACCUGCUGGUGUCGCCACCCAACGAGGAGGACGGCGGCCUGAGUGGCCGCAGCGAGUCCGUCUCCAAUUGCAGCGCCAGCAAGAAACGGCUGGAGAAGUCGCCAUCGUUCGCCUCCGAGUGGGAUGAGCAGACACGGCAGUCUCUGGCCGCACAACCUCGGAACUCUAAGUCAUUCCAAAGUAUUGAGAAAAUCAUGAACCUGAUUGGAGCAGGAUUUGACUUCUCAAAGGACCAGCACAUGGCUGCUGCAGCCAUCUCCGUUUUUUUCCAGAAGCAGUUUGUUGCUUCCCCUCCAGACCAACACCCCCCCCCCCCAGCUUUUCACAAAAAUUGCCUGCCUCUGCAGUCCCAUAUUCUGUGCGAAUGGCAACAUUUUCCCAGAGAGGGGUUGGCCAGGAGGUGGAGGUAUGGGGGGGGGGGGUCUGCUCUCUGUGGUGAAAAUCACUCAAAUUGCCUGUUGUCUGUUGUGGAAAGCUUGAGGGGGUGGAGAAUGACCACAUGGCUCAUUGGGAGCUGGGGGAGGUGUCACGUGUGGCGUGGAGUCGUCGAAGCGCCCGUGUGGUGUUUGGGGGGGGCACACCUUGGGCUGCCUCUCUGCUGGCCGGAGAUAGGUAUGGGUGUGAGACAAACCCCUAACGCCAUCUUCCCACUUGGUGCAUUUGCCCCACAGGGUAGCAAUGUGAUGGAGGAGCAGGAUCUCCGAGAGAUUGGCGUCACAGACCCAGGGCAUCGACGGAAGAUCCUGCAGGCAGCCCGAUCACUGCCCAAGGUGAAAGCUCUGGGUUCUGAUGGCAGCACUUCACUCUCCUCCUGGCUGGAUGCUCUGGGCCUGCAGGAGUAUCUGCCCAACUUCUUAACCAGUGGAUAUCGCUCCCUGGACUGCGUCAGGAAUCUUUGGGAACUGGAGAUUGUCAACGUGCUGAAGAUCACACUGCUCGGGCACCGGAAACGGAUUAUCGCCUCUCUGGCAGAGCGAUGCUAUGAAGAACCCCCCGUCAAGCCGCCCCGUUUGUCGCAGAUAAGGUGUCAGGACUUGGCCUCACAGACACCCCCUACGCUCAGUCACCUGGACUCCUACACAGGACACUCCAUGGACCCUCUCCUGUCCCAGGGGGAUUUUGGGAGGAGGAGGGGGCCUGACCUUGACUAUGAGGCUCCCCAACAUUCCUGCAGCGAGCGGCCCCGCCCCCACGACCGAGCUGGGGACCGGCAGCAGGAGCCCCGCCUGACCCUGAGACCCCCCAGCCUCGCAGCACCGUACACACCGGUCCAAAACUGGCACCAUCAACCGGAGAAGCUCAUCUUCGAGUCUUGUGGCUAUGAAGCUAGCUACCUGGGAUCCAUGCUCAUCAAGAACCUGCGAGGUACCGAGUCUACCCAGGACGCCUGUGCGAAAAUGAGGAGGUCCACCGAGCAAAUGAGGAAGGUCCCCACCAUCAUCCUGUCCAUCACAUACAAAGGCGUCAAGUUCAUUGACGCAGCCAACAAGAACGUCAUCGCUGAGCAUGAAAUCAGAAACAUCUCCUGUGCAGCCCAGGACCCCGAAGACCUCUGCACCUUCGCUUACAUCACCAAGGACCUGCAGACCAGCCACCACUACUGCCAUGUCUUCAGCACCAUGGACGUGAACCUGACCUAUGAGAUCAUUCUGACGCUGGGACAGGCAUUCGAGGUGGCCUAUCAGCUCGCUCUCCAGGCCCAGAGGAACAAGCAGCAGCAAGCGUCAGAGAUCAAUGAGACCAAGUCCAGCCGCCCAGUACCCAAACCUCGAGGCAGCAUGAGGAAGUCUGGGGUGAGCGAGCACUGGCCUGCACGUAGCAGAGGAACAGAUUCUGCUGAGCUGGAGGUGGACACACAGUCCCAGGGAAGUGCCACGUGGCUGGUGGACCCAAAGGACUCCAAACACAGCAUCAGUACAAAGUGUUGACCACUGUGAGGCGCUCCGCUUAACUCAAACCUGAGCUGAGAGGUGGGAGAAACGGCACAAAAAAACAUGACUCGGCAAAAUAAAACCAUUUUUCAGAUUAAUUUUUAGAUCUCAGAUAUAGAUAAUUUUUCAGACUAAGUCUCCCCUUGGAGCAGCUUUUAAGCUGUCAGAUUCUUCCCUCUUUCGCCUCCAUCAUUCUAUGCAUAUUAAAGCAGUGGGCUGCCCAGUUUUUCCUAGGAACAAAGGGAAGUGAUUUGUACUGUACACAUACACCUGAUCUGAGGCUCUUAGUCAGGGGUAAAACAUCCUUCUGCUGUGUAGCUCAUUCGCCUGAGGGAGGCGAUAUUUACCACUGUGAAUUUGUUUCUCGUGAAUUAAUGGUGUAGCAUGGUUAGACCCGAAGUACUGUGAGUAUGUUGUUGGGUGACCGUUCAAAGUGAAGAGAAUCACGCGAUUAACUGGUGAAUGGUCAGAUUCAACAGGACCGACUGGUGAAUGGACAUAUUCAACAGGAUUACGGGUUUGACUGGUGAAUAGCCAAACCCAAAAGGGUCACAGAUAAACUGGCAAAUGGUGGAACCCAAUUGGGUCACAGACUGACUAAUGGCGGGACCAAACAGAAUCAUCGGUCUACUUACAAAUGGCAGAACCCAACGAGGUCACAGAUCAACUGCCAAAUGGAUAUAUCAAGGAGGGCCACAGAUCUACUGGCAAAUGGUGGAACCCAAAAGGGCCAUAGAUGAAAUGCCGGAACCCGAAAGGGUUACAGAUCGACUGGUCAAUGGUGGAACCGACAGGAUCGUGGAUCUGCUGGCCAAUUUCAGAACCUAAACAGGGUCACAGAAAUACUUGCUAAUGGCAAAACCCAUCAGGGUCACAUUUCAACUGCCUAAUGACUAAACCAAACAGGAUCACAGAUCUAUUGGCAAAUGGCAGAACUCAACAGGGCCAUAGAUCGAAUGGUGGAACCCAAAAAGGUCACAGAUCGAAUGGUGAAUAGUGGAACCGAACAAGAUCAUGGAUCAAUUGGAAAAUUUCAGGACCCUAAACAGGGUCACAGAAAUACUUACUAAUGGAAAAACCCAUCAGGGUCACAUUUUGACUGACAAAUGACUAAACUGAACAGGAUCACAGAUCUGCUGGCAAAUGGCGGAACCCAACAGGCCAUAGAUCGACUCGCCAAACUCAGCAUGGUCACAAUGAGAAAAAUUAAGAAGGUCACAGAUGCACUACCUUUAAAAAGUUUGGGGUCUCUUAGAAAUUCCCUUGUUUUCUAUGAAAACAUACAUUAAAUGAGUUUGAAUAGGAAAUACUGCCAAAGAUAUAGAAAAUAGUCAUUGACAAAGUUAGAAAUAAUAAUUUUUUUAAUUUAAAAUAAUAAAUGGGUUCUUCAAGCUUUCGUCAAGGAGUCCUCCAUUUGCAGCCAUUACAGCCUUGUAGACCCUGGGAAUUCUUGGUGUCAAAUUGUUGAGGUAAUCUGAUGAGAUUUCACCUUGGGCUUCUUGAAGCAUCUCCCACAAGUUGGAUUGGCUUAAUGGGCACUUCUUACGUACCAUUUGGUCAAGCUGCUCCCAGCUCAAUAGAGUUGAGAUCCGGUGACUGUGCUGGCCACUCCUUUAUACACAGAACACCAGCUGCCUGCUUCUUCCCUAAAUAGUUCUUGCAUAGAUUGGAGCUGUCUUUGGGUCAUUGUCAGGUUGUAGGACGAAAUUGGCUCCAGUUAAACACCGAUCACAGGUGUGGCAUGGCGUUGGAAAAUGGAGUGAUAGCCUUCUUUCUUCAAGAUCCCUUUUAACCUGUACAAAUCUCCCACUUUACCAUCACCAAAGCAGCCCCAAACCAUCACAUUACCUCCACCAUGCUGGAUAGAUGUCAAGUACUCCUCCAGCGUCUUUUCAUUAGAUCUGCAUCUAACACAUGCUCUUCUUUGUGAUCCGAACACCUCAAACUUAGAUUGGUCUAUACAUAGCACUUUUUUCCAGUCUUCCUCUGUCCGUUGUCUGUGUUCAUUUGCCAUUCUGAGAUAUGGCUUUUUCUUUGCAAUUCUACCUAGAAGGCCAGCAUCCUGGAUUUGCCUCUUCACUGUUGACAUUGAGAUUGGCCUUUUACUAUUUAAUGAAGCUGCCAGUUGAAGACCCAUGAGGCCUCUCACUCCGUUGUGCACCAGAGCCUCCCUCUCCUCUUUCUGUUGUGGUUAGAACCAAUAUGCGCUGCUCUCUGAAGGGAGUGAUACACAGCAUUGUACGAGAUCUUCAGUUUCCUGGCAAUUUCUCGCAUGGAAUAGUCUUCAUUUCUCAGAACAGGAAUAGACUGACGAGUUUCAGAAGAUUUUUUUUGUUUCUGUCCAUUUUGAGCUUGUAAUUGAACCCACAAUUGCCGAUGCUUCAAAUACUCAACAAGUCCAAAGAAGGCAAAUUUUAUUGCUUCUUUAAUCAGCACAACAAUUUUCAUCUGUGCUAACAUAAUUGCCAAAGGGUUUUCUAAUGAUCGAUUAACCUUUUAAAAUGAUAAACUUGCAUUAGCAAACUCAACAUUCCAGUGGAACACAGGACUAACUCUUGCUGAUAAUGGGCCUCUGUACACCUAUGCAGAUAUUCCAUUAAGAACGGCCGUUUCUAGCUAUGAGUCAUUUAUAACAUUAAAAAUGUCUACACAGUAUUUCUGAUCAAUCUGACUGAUCAAACUUUGCAAGGAAAUGUCUAAGUGACCCCAAACUUUUGAACGGCCAGUGCAAAUGGUGGAACCAUACUGGGUCACAGAUAGACAGGCAUUAUGGCGGAACCCAACAGGGUCCACAGCUCAACUGGAAAAUGACAAAACCCAGCAGAGACGGAUUGAAUGGCACUGAACAGGGUCAUGGUAAUACUGGAAAAUGGCAAUACCAAUGGGAUUAUGGAUGUUCUGGCAAAUGGCUAAACAGAACAGGACUGCAUAUUGACUGGCAAAUGGCCAAAGCGAAAAGGACCACAGUAUCGAUUGCCGAAUGGCCAAAUCAAACAGGGUCUCAGAUCGACUGGUGAAUGGAGGAACCUAGCAGGUCACAGAUCGACUGGUGAAUGGCGGAACCUAGCAGGAUCACAGAUCGACUGGUGAAUGGUCGAACUGAACCGCAUCAUGGCUCGAUUGGCAAGUCAAUUAAGUCAACAGAGUCACAGGAUCUAAUGAGGAACCAAAGCAAUUUGGUAAUGAAGAUACAAAGUUGUUGAGCCAUGGUGAAAAACGUGUAUUUAACUGACAUUCUUAAUGUUUUCAGCUCCUUUCGGCAUGACGUUGACAAGCUCUCAGGAAGCGAAUGUCAGCUUCUGGUCAUUUUGGAGGAUGGCCCUAUAGGAUUUGACCAUACAAUACCAGUCAAAAGUCUGGACACACUAAUUGAAAAUCGUUUGGUUUUCACAAGAUAACUUUGAGGUGUAUUGAGGGUUAUGUAGUAAGUAUUAUCUUGUGAACAAGGAAUGAGAGAGUGCUGCAACAGAUCACCUGGCCCCCACAAUUCUCCGACAUAAACCCUACAGAGCUGGAUUACAGUGAGUUGGUUUGAGGAAUAAGAUGAAGGGAGCCAGCUUGUGCCCAAAACUUGUCAAAACUCCAUCAGGACUAUUGGAGAAUCAUUCCAUCUGGAAGCUGGUUGAAAAACUGCCAAAAAUCUGCAAUGCUGUCAUUGAAGCCAAGGGGGGUUAUUUUGAAGAGUCUAAAAUUUGAGAACAUUUUGAGAUGUUAAACAUUUCUCUUGAUCCUUGUAAUAUUUGAUGUGUAUUACUUAAUUGCCUCCAGGCAUUUUACUCUGCUAAAUAAAAUCUCUAAAAAAGAGACACGCAUUAAAAGCAGGUGUGCCAAGACUUUUGGAUGGUAUUGUAUGUCAAAUAUAUACCUGGCAAACAAUGACUGUUUAAACAAGCAAUAACAACCCCCCCCGUGUUAAAUUCAAUCAAAAGACUCCCUGAGCCUGCAGCCAUGGACCAACUGCCCUAGGAAAGAAGCCAAAAGAAGCUUGAUGUCAUCAGUUGGGUCUCAAUGUGGAAGUAUGGAAGGGGAGCUUAUGGGAUAGAUUAGUUAAACCAAGUAACUAAUGUAACCUGUUAUGUCAUCUAGAAGCUGUACACAGUGGACUAAUGCUGAUUAGUUCAUUGGGGUUCCUGAUGGCACAGAGUAGACUUUAAUGUUCGUUACCCCUGACUCUGCUGUUAGACCAUGUGGUAUUUGGUGAAAUGCAUUUAGAAUUAGACGUGUCAGUAAAAUCUGUGUGAUUUGAUUAAAAUAAAACAGUAGAAGGUAACUUGUGCGUCUUGAAGACGGUAAUCCAUCCUUAAGCUUGUUGUCAUUGGUCACAUUCUGCUGGGUUCGUUCUCCACCAGCAGAGUCUGAGGGUCCUGGAAACGACACUUAUCCUUCAUUAGCAGCUGCUGAGGGAACGUCAAGCUCUGCAUGUCUGCGGCUCCCGUUCUUGCCCUACCCCACUCAGCUGCUGCCUAUGCUAAAUUUUUUGACCUUUUGAUACAUUUUGAAGGUGCCUGUCUGUUAUGCAGUAUCUUCUGCUAAAAUGUUUGCUGUUGCAGACCAAAGCUGUUUGCACUGUACACUUCCUUUCAGCUGCGCUCUGCUGCACCCACCCCACACCCUAUUUCUUGUUCACUUAAUCUUCUCCCCAUUCUUCCAGUACUCCAGGGAAAUCCUGGCAUUUGCAGUGUUGUAGAGUGCAUGUUUGCUGUCUGGAGAGUAUUGGGUAGAACGUACCUUUACAACAGGUUGUGUUAGAGAUUAGAGGUCAAAGUACAUUCAGAGUAUUGAAGUAUGUUAGUAUGUUUGUUAAGUCCUCCUCAGAGUGAAUGGAGGUAGCGUUUAACUUCCUGGCAUGUGUCUUCCUCUGUGUAGCUGACUCCUGUGUUCAGGCGGAUACCAAGCUGUGAGUGAGAGGUCAGGGUGAGAGGUGACUCAGUUUCACUCUGCACACCCUCUCUAGCCCCACCCUGGGCCCCCGCUUGCACACACCUUGAAGACCAUCCACGGAGGAGCUGUCCCAAGUGUGCCGGUCCUCUGGCCAGCCCUGCAUUCACCCCACCCUUACAUGUUACCCCCCCAGAUUUUUGUGUGACGGCCACUGUUAGACCGGAAUCAUUAGUAGACUCAGGAGACCUGAUUUUAGCAUGUUAACUGUUUGUCAAAGCUGUCUUUGUGGUGCCCCCUCUAUCUGCUGAGCUUAACCGUCAUCGUAGGGUGGUUACUAACAGCAUGGUCAUUAGGUCAGUUUUUUUGUUUGGGUGGGUGGGGGGAGGGGGAGGGGGCUCAAGGGUCACAUACCAUCUUCUCAGAGCAUGACCACUUUGGGCUGAUUCUGUCAACACGAACCAUCAUGUUUACCUUUCUCCGUUUCUGGACAUUUGAAACAUCUCUCAGCAAGUUGGGUGUCCAGGGUCUCGCUGCUCUUUCUGUUCUGUUUUCUGACCUGAAAUCAUGUGACAUACACAUCUCCUUCCCAAACUAAGGUCCCCAGUCCAGACCAGUCUGUGAGCUUCAGGACCUGGUGUUAAUGUUUGUAUAUUGGCGGUUCUUGAACUUGGCAGCGUUCUGCGGUGUAGGACCUCAGGAAGUGUCCUUACUGUACUUCAAGGAUCUCCCCCCCCCCCCCCAGGUUGUCUGCCAUGGAAAGCGGUACAUUUCAGUCUUUUUUUUUUCCCUUUGUUUAUGACACUACGGAGGGUGAGGCUUUUGUUUCCAUUCUGUAAAUGAGGGUAAAAUUCUUUUAAUUUAACUUAAAUCCAUUGCAGUAGUUUAGUGAUGUUUUAACUGUAAACAUGCUGGGACUGGGCCAGGCUGCUCUUCAGGUGAACUGAUGUGAAAAUCUGUGCCCCCCCCCCUCCCCCCAUGGAGAGCAGUGGUGAGACCACUCCAACAUACCAAUGCCCCGGUUACAUUUUAUCUCUACUUGGUGCCAAAACUCACACCGUCAGAACUCUGCGGUCCCUGGCUGCCCCGUGCAGCUUUAGUGCCCCCCCCCCAUCGGGGCCUGGGGCGACGUCCUGGUUCCGUUCCAGCAUUUGCACAUCCUGAUCGUGAGACGUAGCACCUUGAGACUAAUCCAUAAUCUCCACGAGGACCCGAGGACAGCCAUCGUGGACUGUUAAAUAAUCCCUAGCCGUCUGUAUUUUGAUACUUGAAUGAUUCUGCUUUUAUAAAUAUAAAUAUGUAUAUGUAUGUGAUGUUUAUUUUUUUGCCGCGUUUGUUGGAUGGGGGAGAGAAGUGUUCUUCAAGCUGCACAUAUCACGGUACCUGGUUAGCUGUCUUACGCUGGAAGACCUUUAAAAUCUCGCCGGGAUUCGGCUCGGUACAGAAACUCGACUGUAAAUAAUCCUGGGCUUCCCGUCUUUGUUUUUUAAUUAUUUUUCAUAAUUGUUCAACUAAUAAAUGAAAAAGUAACCAAA